AUGGAUUUCUUCUUCUUCGACAAAGCAGAGAAGGUUUCAAACCCUAUUCCCCGAUGCAAUCUCCUCCAAAUCUUCGCCAAGUUCUUCCGUUUCCUAGAGCUUUCCUUUCUACUGCUUUUCCUUUCUUGGAUCCUCUCUCGCCUUCCAAUCGCCCUCACAGUCUCCGCCGAGUAUUUCGGUAAACUCUUCGCCUUCGUCGCUACUCCUCUCUUCGGAUUCCUCCUCUGCAACGCCAUUAUCGUCGCUCUCGUAGCCAAGCCUACUCAAUUCCCACGCCCUGCCAGCAGCACCAGCAGCACCAGCAGCGCCGAAGCCGAUCGGAUUUACGAAGACCUUAUUGAAAAAACCGGAAGUGGUGACCUAACUGAUUCGCUCUCGGAGGAGGUGGAGAUUGUGUACCAGGACAAACAGAUCAUUGCGGAGGGGAUUAAUUCAAUCGAUCGUGAAAUUGAAGUGAAAAACACGGAUCUGGAGACGGAAUCGGGAUUAGGUCAUUCGAAAGUGAUGUUGAGGACGUUAUCGGAGAAACUUAACCGAGAAUGCGUGAUAACAGAGAGGGAGAAGCUUCGGAGAUCGGAGACGGAGAAGUGCCGGAAUCUGGAGCAUUCGAAUGACAUUUUGUACCACCAGGAUGAUUUGAGCAGUGAGGAAUUUCAGAGGAAGAUUGAGGCGUUCAUAGCGAAAGAGAAGAAGUUUCGACGGGAAGAAUCUUCCGCCAUUGUUGUACUCCACUGCGACGGUUAA